GGGGACGGUUUUAAUCAGCCCCUCUUUGGUGCCCCCUACAGGUCCUCUGUCCAGUGCCCUCGGUGCCCAGUAUGGUGAACGGCCGGUGGUCAUUGUCGGUGGGUUCCUGUCGGGGCUGGGGCUCUUCCUGGCCUCCUUUGCCACGAGUCUGGCUCAGCUCUACCUCUUCAUUGGCCUCCUCACAGGUAUUGGGGGGGCCCUCAUCUUCCCCCCUUCUAUGGCACUGGUAGCUCAGUACUUCAAGCGCCGCCGUGCCCUGGCCAACGCGUUGGUGUUCUCCGGCUCAGGCAUUGCUUCGCUGGCUUUCUCCCCGCUCUUCCAGUUCCUGGUGGACUUCUACGGUUGGCGCGGAGCCCUCCUGAUCGUGUCCGGCAUGGCCUUCAACUUGGUGGUGUGUGGGGCUCUCCUCCGGCCGCUGCCCUUGCCCAAAAACAGUGCUUCGAUGGCUCCGGAAUGGCAGGGACGAUGCAGCAGGCUGGCAUCUCUCUUCGGCCUCAGCUUGCUCUGCCAGCGAGCCUUUGUGAUCUUCUGUGGGUCUUCGGUGGUGAUCAUAGCGGGGUACUUCAUGCCUUUUGUGCACCUGGUGCCCUAUGCCAGGGAGAGGGGCUUCGACGAAUACCAGGCAGCCUUCCUUCUGUCCGCGGUGGGCAUCGCCGACAUAGCCGGGCGCAUCGUGGCCGGCUGGCUGGCCCACUGCGGCCCUCUUCAUCUUGUCCAUCAUCUCACCCUUUGGACUCUGCUGACAGGCGUCAUCUUGCUCUUGAUGCCGCUGGGGUACGACUACACCUUGAUGAUGACUCUCAGUGUCUGCUAUGGGUUCCUGUCUAGUGCGGUCAUCCCCUUGAAGUUCUCCACCCUGGUGGAAAUUGUGGGCACCGACCAAAUAAUGGGCGCUAUCGGACUAUCCCACUUGAUGGAAAGCUUUGGCGCCUUGUCUGGGCCUCCAUUGUCAGGUUGGAUCCGGGAUGCCACUGGCAGCUACAGGGCCUCCUUCCUGGCGGCCGGCUCCAUCGUCAUCGCGGGGGCCUUGGUCCUCCUGGCCUUGCCAAACUAUUUCUCCCCCCUGAAGAAGCAAUCUGAAGAAGGCAAAGAAGAGCACAACCCGGCCCCCACUGAAGACAGAGGCUUCGGGGCUGAGCAGAGUUGA